CUUUCCUGUUCUGUCUGCCCGUCUAUCCAUUCGUCCUCCUGACUCGUCCUUCCGAGAAGAAGUACAAUGGCGGCCAAACUCACGUUCAAACAAAAAUUGCGAUUGUCGCGUCCCGUCAACCAGAAUCUCAUCGUGGGCUCCGUACUCUUCUGCUGUCCUGGAAUUUACCUCGCUUUGACAGGCUUAGGAGCAGGCGGAGGCAAGCCUUCAUCCGUACACGUCGGCUCACUGACCAAUGCCAUUCUGUACGGGAUAUAUUUCGUCGCAGGAUGGCUAGCGGGUACCGUUCUCAACUUCUUGAAGCCGAAGAUUACCAUCGCUCUGGGUGCCACGGGAUAUCCCAUCUACCUGGGAGGUCUAUGGUAUUACGACCGGACCGGACAAUCGGCUUUUCCUCUUGCAGGAGGUGCAAUUCUCGGUUUGACCGCAGCAUUGCUAUGGACGAGCUCGGGAUAUAUCCAAUUUGCGUAUGCGGAAGAAAAAGACAAGGCUGCGUAUAUUACGCAACAAUGGGUCAUGACCUGUACCGGUAGUACGGUUGGUGCAUUGAUUGCAUUUGGCGUAAAUCGGGAUAAACAAGAGGCAACCGGUGUUCCAGCGGCAAUCUAUAUCACCUUCGUCGUCAUUCAGGCAUGUGCCAUCAUCUUAGAUCUGACCAUGAUCGUACAUCCGAAAGACGUCGUUCGUGAUGAUGGGCGACACCUCGCCAUCUUCCGCGAGCCCAACCUCCGUGAUGAGCUUCUCGGGUUAUUAGCAGUGUUGAGAGAUCCCAAGAUCCUCAUCCUCUGGCCAGCCAUGUUCGUAGGAGAGAUGUGCCUCGCACUCGUCAGCAGCAUCAAUGCAUACUACUUCAACCUCCGCACGAGAUCCUUGAACAACCUCCUCUUCCAAGUCAUCAUGAUCCCGGCGCCCAUCUGCCUCGCAAUGAUCAUGGAUAACCAAAAAAUCACCUCUCGGCGCUCUCGAGGAUUGUACGGAUCCGCCGUCGUAGGCGUCAUCAGCAUCGCAGCGAUGGGAGGACUGCUCGGCUGGAUCAUCAAAAACGACGUGGAUCGGCACUUGGACCCUCCCGCCAUCGACUGGUCCGAACCGGCCUUCGCCGCAGGCUUCAUUCUCUAUCUGCUGUUCGGGAUCGUGUACGCGUGCUUUCAGAUUGCAACGCAGUGGACGUUGGCAGCCUUGACGAACGACCCGAGCCUCUGCGCGAGAUAUGCGGGCGCGUUCAAGGGGACGGUGAGUUUGGGGAUGUGUGUUUCGUUCGUGAUUGAUUCCGAGGGUGUCAGUUAUCGGAACCAGGCCAUUAUUCAGCUGCUGCUGUAUGCGUUGGGUUUGGCUUGUCUGCUCUAUGUGAUUGCUGUGUACGUGAAGGAGACGAACUAUUUUGCCGAAGAAGAUGUGAUCGUGCCGGCGGCCGUGGAGGAGAAGCUGGGUGGAGGAGGACACGAUGGCGUGAGUGUUGAAGUCGUUCAUGCGGAGCCUCUCAAGAAGUAACUGGAAGUUUCCAAGUCUCAUAAAUAGUUCCGUGCAGUUGUUCGACUGUGCAGGCUGCAGCCAUUUUCUGCAGCCUUCAAUCUAUCGCGAGCAGCGUCCACGUUAUUCACUCCAUUCACUUUGCUCGAAAUCCAUACAAAGUAUCUUCCCGGCCUCCCACAGCACCUUUGCGACCAGAAACUCCAGAAUCACCAUGUGCCGCCUCCUUACAGUGACAUGCCAGCGGCAGACGCCAUACGGAGACAUAAUCUCAGACCACAUGCUCACGUUUAGCGACCUGAAAAUUGCAUGCGAGCAGCCGGGUUCGGGAGACUGCAAAGCUGGCCUGAGCAAGAUGAAAGGCUUUCAAAACCCGCCGACUCAGUGUGCAGGUGAGAGAUGCGUCCUGAGAAGUCUUCGUCUUCUUCCCAUCAAUCAUCGAGUCGGUCAGUCAGUCAGGCGCUAACACAUAUGUCCAUCAAAAAGGCAUCCGAGCAGGAAUGCACCCAGAAACCGAGACGUGUGAGGAGGUGUGUGCGAAAGCACUGAGGAGAUACGGACUCGCGCUCUGGCGUGUGAACAAUGGUGGACUGGGUCGAGCGAGCUGGAAAGCGUGGCUGAGAGGCCGGCUCGCGGGCACAGAGAAGGAGGCCAAAGGACGCCCGCCCCUGACCAGAUUGGGCGGUGAAGUGGGUGGUAGAGGCGAGUUGGUAUAGUCUGCGGCGCGGCUUCGACUUUGUUAGGCCCCUAGACCCCCAAGGCACAGCCUCUACCACCACUACCUUCGUCGCUGGCGCUGUGUCCCAACCCAUCCUCGCAACUCAUCCUCGUUCCUCGUCACGGCUUCAGUUCGACCUCGCGGCGACCCGCCCAGCAGCUCUUCGCGCGCCGCAGUUAUCUUCCCCAGCCACCACCGUACUUCCGCACAUUCGAGUAGCUUCCACUCUAUUGAGCUCUUUCCAAAUUUCACCCGUUCCCAGCCAAUAACACCCUCCUCUUGGCACUAGCCGACUUAUUCACAAACAAAAAAAGCUCACUUCGCCGUCUUUCCACCAAAGAUAUCGACAUCCGCUCGCACCACUAUCGCAAACACAACACACCACACAUUACUCGCACAUUCCAUCACUUUCAACCAACGACCACAAGCAAGAUGUGUCGCCCAUUGCAAGUGCACUGCGGCUGCAGCGAGUCGACUCACAGGUAAGUCAUCUUCUCUCUCCUCUCGCCCUCACCGUCGCGUACCCGCUCGGCGGCAGAUGUCACGACAACGAGCUCACACAUCCGCUCCCAUCGCCCGCCACCAAUGCAAUGGAGCCGACUGACGUGGAUUUCAGGGACAAUCGCACCACCCACAGCCUCACCAUGCCGCGCUUCAUCGUGCCCUGCCAGGUCCCAGGCAGCGCGGCAUGCAAGGCCGGACAGGGUCGCUCUGUCAAAUUCCAGAAUCCGACCACCGAGUGCGCCGGUAUGUACCCACCGUCCCCGUUCUCCUCUCGUGCCCUCAUCACGGCAGCGGCAGCAGCAGCAGCAGCAGUAGCAGCAAUGGGUUGGAAUUCACGGCGAUGGACAUGAAACCACCGUGCGACAAAUUUGAUUCGCUGCAAAUUUGUUGCGUUUACAGCGAACGGUUUUGUAUCGCGCGUGUAUGAAGGGACAUACUGACGAACCGGGCGAAAAGGAGUCAACGAGGGAUUUCACCCGGCCGAAAAGGAAGCCCAGAAGCUAUGCGAGGCGGCUCUCGAAAAAUACGGCGCCGAAGUCUACAGAGCCAACAGCAAGGACUUCAACCGCGUCAAGAAGACCGCCCCGGGCUGGUUCUUUGGCUGGUUCUGAGCAAUCGCCAAGACAAGACCAUGCAUGUCGCUCAACGACGUAAAGGCAACGACCGGCACUGGAAGAACACAACGCGGUGGAAAAAGGAGGCGGAUCAUGCUCGGGCCAAGAGUGGCUUAAGCUAGAAGAUAUCGCUCAAUGAUC